AACCGACAGGGCGCAGACUUCAGUUUGUAAACUUACUAGUUCACGCCUAAAGAAAUAUAAAAAGCUCACACCCGUUCAGCCAUGGAGCAGAAAUAUGAGGAGCAGAUGAAACGAUUACGGCAGGAGAUCGAAACGUAUGAGGCUGAGAGGGACGAGUGCCUGCGAUCCGUUUCCAUGCAGCAUGGAGAAACCCUGCAGCUCAUCCUGAAGAGCAUCAUGAACACAAAGGAUCUGGGAGAGGAGGCACCUAAUAAAGACGUUUUAAAGCUGAUGAGGGAGAUCGGUGAUACCGAGAAGGACCUGAGGAGACGGGCAGAGAUCAGUGGGAUAGCUCUUACUGAGUGCUUCGUCAGGACCCUGGAGAAAAGCCAAUCAAAAACCAUCCAGCAGUUCAGACUUGCCGGUCACUGCUGCUUCCUUUCAUUCCACGUUGAGUUUGCACUGACCGAGAUCCAGGAUGGUGAGAACUUCCUGAGGAGAGUUACAGACCUCAACAUCAUCGCUGAUGGUCCUGAGUUUAAAGACUUGUGUGCGUUUGUGUCCGGUGUGGAGGAAACAAAGAGCCUAACAUUGUUCUUCCAGACCCUGAGGACAUUCGCAGAGAAAUGUGAACAAAGAAGUCGCACGUUCAGGUUUUUUAAGGAGAAAUAUCCAGACGUGAUCCGCCUUCCAGAAGGCUGCAGAUCUGAGGUCAUGCUCAUCCAGACUCCUCAACUUCCUGGAUGCAGCAUGAGCGUUUUCUGGAACGUUACUGUAAGUAAAGACGGUGUGGUGAAACCGAAGCUUGAUCUACUGAUGAAAAUGCCUGAGCAAGCCCAGAAACUGGACCCGGAAAGCGUGACGGAGAGCGCCCCCGAGAGCUUCCGGAGCCUCCUGAACGUGCUGGGAGUCGAAUCUACGAUCGAAAGCCUCGUACGAUCCGUACGUUUCUGAUCGACCCCGGAACCCACCGGCCUGACAGAAGAUCAGCGGCACAUUUUCAUUUUCUCAUGAUUUUAUUCAGUAUAAACUGCACCGCAUCAACAAAACCACCAGCUGUUAGGAAACGCACCGACGCAUCAGCGGUCUGUACACGUUUCAUCAUCGCGUACACGCGUGCACACACAGUGCGUGUUAACAAACGGCAUUAAAAUCGCUAGAAAAAUAAAUAAUUUAAAUACAAAACUUGACAGCAAAAAUCCACGUCGAGGGUUUGAGUCCGUGCUUCAUCUGCAUUUCUUCUGAGGAUGUUCCUUAUAGUGAGGAUGUUCCACGUCAAGCUUUCUGCACGUCCGCUGUUUCUGAGCUUCGGCUAACGUCAAUUCAGACAGUUUGGCCAAAUUUGACUUCAAUUUUAAAUAAACUAGAUGGAUUAAACAGAUCUGAAGUUGCUUCCUAAGGUCCAAGCUAUAGAGGUGACGUAAACGCAGCUCGUAUUAAACGCAGCUCGUAUUAAACGCCGUUUAACGUUACGUAGCUGAAGCAGCAGACCAGCCUGGAUUUAGAGCUGGAGUUUUUCCUUCAAAGUGAUUAGCGUGAUUUGGAGGUGCAGCGAGCAUCACGUGGAAUCAACUUCAGUACAAAACCGGAGCGGUAAACUUCAGACACUAAACAAUUCUUCGUUGAUAGACUUGGGGGUAUGGUUCGGGUCGUUCAGUUUUUUGGCUGAACUGCUCAUGUGAAGGUUUGGCACGAAUGAGUUCUCCUGCAGCAGAGUAACACCGACACGGAGUUAAUCCUGCUAUCCCACCACCACACCACCGAGGUCCUGGGUUCGAAUCUCGGCGGUGCUAUCGGCCGGUCGGGUGUCGAGACAGACAUGAUUGGCAUUGUUGGGGGGGGGGGUCGGUGGCAUCAAGAAGGGCAGUCACUGUGGCGACACCUAAAUGCUAAAGCUUCAUCAAAAGGUGUUUAAUCGAAUCAUUUAUCCUGGUCAGGGUCACAGUGGGAUCAGAGAAAACACUGAGUGCAAUAAUCUAGACUGGCAGCGAUACCAAGUAACACCCUGGACGUUGUUCCAGUCCAUCUCGUGGCUUUGCCCAAUCGCCACCAACCCGGGUUCAAAUGUCUAGCAUAACGGACCGCUGCAGUACGUACUUAAUGAAGUCAGAUUCUACCUCCUUACGAUUCUGUUCACCCUGUAAAUGUGUUAUGGAGUAGUAGUCGCAAUAAACCAAGGAUCAAUUUUUU